AUGACGAAAUUUGAUGUUUUAUGGUGUGACUCAGACGAGGGUGAUCUCAGCGAAGAAGAGGAAGAAACAUUUUCACAUAAUGAUGUUGCUUGUGAACAACAUCAAACCAGGAAUGGUGAAGAAGGUGAACGAAUCGAAGAUGGCGUUCAAAUGCAUGGAGAACAUCAACGCGUUCCUGGAAGCGGCGCGCCAGCUCGGCGUACCGGCGCAGGAAACAUUCCAGACGGUCGACCUUUGGGAGCGACAGAACCUGAACUCUGUGGUUAUUUGUUUGCAGUCGCUCGAGAGAAAAGUUAA